AUGAGUCGCCAACCCUUCGACGUGCCCGUCAACUGGCCGGCCGACAACAAAGUCAACUGGCCUGGCAAGGACAGUGACUUUUAUAGAAAGACCGGCAUUCACAUGUACCAUAUCUCUAAGGACGAUUACAAUCCGUUCUACACAUACGAGGUCGAGAUCCGCGCGGAUUGGCCUUUCACAUAUACAUUCUACGACGAGACGGGCGACAGCUACUCGGUGUCGAUUUGGAUGGUAGGGAUGAAUCAGGACCACUCCGUCAAAUUCAAUUCAGAUCGUCCUACCAUCGUACGCGUCACAGGGAGCUAA